AUGAGUGGCGGACUCUCAGUCGAGCAGCACAUCGGCGCAGUCGACGCCUUUGCGCGGACACUGGUCGUGCGCGCGCGCGACUCGCCAUCCAUCUCCGACGCUGUUCGCCAACUGCAUACGGCUUUGCGCCACCUUCGCGUGGAAGCAUCAGACCCUGACUCUCUCCUCGGCUCAGGCACAUGGGAUCACCAGAUCAACGCUCUGAUCGACGACUGCGGCGCUGCACUUCGCCAGCUGGAGGGUGCAUUGGAUGAUGGGCGCCGAGGUGACCAGCUUGCUGGACGGGUUCGUCGCCUAAGGGACCGAGUCGAUGAUUUCCUCGACGGAGUGCAACUGCAGAGUCGGACAGCCGUCGCCCCCGUGAAAUGCGACCCGUCUGGCCUGGAGACCAUCAAGGACAAGGUCGACACCGUUGCUGAGCGAGUCUUUUCUCGACGACAGAAUAGCUUUAGCAAUGAUGAGGACCAAUUAUGGCGCGAAUUCAAGUCGGAACUGGAGAAGGAAGGCUUCUCGUCAGAAGUGCUCAAAAAGAACAAGAGUGGCGGCCCCCGUCCUACUGUCCGAGGACUGCUUGAAUACGAGGCUGAAGCUGCUCCCCCCAAAGAGAAGUAUCCCGCCAUCGAGAACGAGAAGUUUCCCACCGGCAUGAAGCUCGCCCGGCGCAUGCCAGCCGAUGAGCCACCACCGCCGCUACCACCAAAGGAGCCCAUUGCUGAACUGCAGUCCUCGCAGCCGCGUACCUCCACAUCGUCAGACGACUCGCAUCACGCCGACUCUGUCGACAGUACUGCUCUCAUCUCCACCAAGGAUCUUGUCGCCAUGGACAGUCUCAACUCCGGCUUGGCUGGCAUGCAUCUAUCCCCACAAUCACAGGGAGCAAGCCCCUAUGGCGCCUCGCCCGCCAACAGCACCCAGCGCUAUCUCCCUGCCCCUUAUGCCGGCACUCUUGGUGCACCUCGACCGCAGGACCUCGCCGAGCUGCAGGGGUCGCCCUCAUCCGCCGUCCUUGGUUCAUCGCCGCACCCGCCUUCAGACUACGGCACCAGUCCGCGCUCCGCGCCCGCGUUCCGCUUGGCUCCGGACCCUUAUGGCAACGAGAUACCCAUGGAUGCCCAGUGGACACGGAUCAAUCGUGGUCGCGUCAGUCCCGAGGUGCUCGAACGUGCCGGCGUGCGCUAUGAGGCUCGUCCGGCCUACGUUGCCGUUCUCGGGCGGCUCACCCGGGAGCAGAUUGAAGAUUUUGCCAGACAGAGUGCCGAUGUUCGUCGCGCGCGGCAACUGCGCCAAUCCUCGCCACCCAAGAAGUACCGUGGCAGGCAGGACUCGAAGAGCAGCAGGGAUGAGGAAGACGAGGAUACUGAUCUCUGGGACUCGAGCGACUCCACGGACAUUGACGAUGAUAAGACGUCAGUUAGGGGCACCAGAUCAUACCCCUAUAUCGUCAACCCCCCAGAGAAGGAGAAGGGGUCCCCCUCUGCGACUGUGCAGCCCAAGUCGAUUCUGAAGAACAAGAAUGAACAUCACGUCCGAUUCGGCCCCGACCCGUACGAGGUCAAGUCCAAAUCGCCACGGUCAUUGAAGGAUGGCCGAGACCGCGAUCGCGAUCGCGAGAGAAGAAGAAGAUACUCUGACGAUCGGUACCACGGCGACAAGCCCUCGAAGAGGUAUUAUGACGACAGAGAUCGCGAGUACUCCGGCCGCAGGUCGCAGCGGAACAGGAGGGACGAGCCAAGAAGCAGAGAUGACUAUAGACACCGGGAUCAUCGCGACGACAGAGACGAGUACCGAGACCGCCACUCGAAAAAGAAAGCAUGGGGCGAGGCUCUCGGCGCUGUCGGGAUUGGUGGCGCGGCAGUGAGUCUGCUGAGUGUGCUGGCAGAGGCCGCUUCCAAUGUUUGA